AUGAAUUUUUAAAUAAUUCAAACAAUCACAUUUUACUUUUUCAUCUGGGUCCUCAAACCCAUUGCGAAUGUAGGAUUAUCAUUGACUUACUAUUCAGCCUACAUAGCAAUCUAUUUAACAGACUAUGUACUUUCAUUAUUUGUCAGAGAAUGCGAAUCAAGAAAUCCGACUAUUUUCCAUAAUCUUAGGAAAGUUCUUAACAAACUUAAACCCUAUUCCGGAGUAUAUACCUAAGCAACCGACAUCAUACUAGCCUAAGGGUAUAACUUUGAAAGCCAUAAAGUAAUUACGGAAGAUGGCUACAUCCUCACAAUGUGGAGAAUCUAUAAGGAUGGAACACAUCCGCAUCCACAUCCCAUCAUCUUGCAACAUGGACUAUUGGAUAGUUCCUGGUCUUGGUUCAUUAACAAUGACAAAAAGCUCACCUUGCCAUACAUCCUGGCUGAAUAAGGCUAUGACGUAUGGCUUGCAAAUAACCGGGGUAACAAAUAUAGUAUCGGGCAUACUAAAUUCUAAAGUGUAAAUUACAAUCAACAAUAUUGGGAUUGCUCCUUUGACGACUUAGCCAAAUACGACUUCAAGGCCAUAGUAUUAUACGUGAAGAAUAUUACUCAAAGAGCAAAGGUGAUCUAUCUGGGCCACUCUCAAGGUACUACCCAAGCCUUUGCUUAUCUCUCAAACAACAUUGAAUUUCAAAACCACCUUAAAUGUUUCAUCGGACUCGGUCCAGCCAUGUUCAUUUCCAAUUUGAGGUCGACUUUCUUAUAAUGGGCUAUUAAGUUGUACAUAUUUGAAAUCAUCUAUUACUUGGGAAUCCCCUAUUUCUUCGUUUUUGAUGAUGGUUUUAACAUAAAAAUAGGAGCACUUUGUUAUAUGAUUCCCUUGAUAUUCAGAAACUUCUUCUUUGAGAUCACCAAUUAAUUAUGCGGUUUUCCUUAAAAGAAUAAGAUCGAUUUGACUCGUUUCGGUAAUAUGGUUGCUCAUGAGCCUGGAGGUUGCGCAACUAAAAAUAUCGUAUAAUGGAUGUAAUUCUUCAGAUCUAAGCAAUUGCAAUACUUCGAUUACGGGGCUACUUAGAAUUAGGCCUUGUAUGGAUAAAGAGACCCUCCUCCAUAUCCAGUGGAUAAUUUGAAGAACUUUACUAUUCCCAAAUACUUUUAUUUGGGAACCAAGGAUGUCAUCACAGAUACAGAUGAUUUGGGUAAGAUGUUAAAUAAGUUGGAUUAAACCCAUAUGAAAGUAGAGUUCAUAGAUGAUUAUGCUCAUUUGGAUUAUGUAUGGGCAGUUGAUGCUCAUGUUAAAUUGUAUCCUUCGAUAUUAAGAAAUAUCAAGGAAAAUUAAAAUUGA